UCUCUGGUUUAGUCGCCGCGAUACACGAUUCUCGUAACGUUCGUCGUUUCGUCUGUAAGCGCGAAAGAAAAUACGUGAACGAGAUAAUAUCAUCCGACGUCGUCAUCAUCGUUGUCAUUGUCCUCGUUGUUGUCGUUGUCGUCGUCGUGAUGAUAGUGUUAAUGGUGCAUGUGAUGGUGUCGUUUUAAUCAUCGAGUGUGCCGCGAAUUCGAUAUAAACGAACGAACAAACAGAAAUAAAAUCGACCUGAGAAAAUCGAACGAAAGAAAAAGAAUGAAAUAAAAUGAAAUGAAAUGAAAUAAGUCAAGAAAACGUUUGUAUUCUUCGGGCGCGAAAGUGUGUCUCUUUCGAAGAAAGCAGGGCUCCGUUUCAUUUCGAGGAAAAGAGAAAGAGAAAGAGAAAGAAAAAAGGAGAAAGAGAGAGAGAGAAAGAGAAAGAGAAAGAAAAAAGGAGAAAGAGAGAGAGAGAAAGAGAGAGAAAGAGAGAGAGAGAGAGAGAGAGAGAGAGAGAGAGAAACUCCAAGAAAAGCAAUGAGUGGAAACCGGAAGCGUUCGUGCUUUCAACCCUCUGCGGGUGAGGGCUGAAUUUGGUGGGUGCCAUUUUCCUUUUUUUGUUUUGUUUGUCAACGUCAUCUUUUUUUUUAUUUUCUUUUCUUUUCUCUCAUUGCUCCUCUUACAUUUUUACUCGAAUAAAAACUCAUCUUCAUCGUCGAGUCUCGACAAUCUCCUCCCCUCUCUUUCAAUAUCGUGCUAAGAAAGAGAGAGAGAGAGAGAGAGAGAGAGAGAAAUUUCACAUGUGCCAAGAAGGAGGAAUAUUAGUUUCGUGUUUUGUCUAGUCUAUCUGUCUGUGCACUUACUAACUGAUUGAUUGACUGACUGACUAACUGAACUGAACUGAACUGAACUGAACUAAAACUGACUGACUGACUGACUGACUGACUGACUGACUGACUGACUGACUGACUGACUGACUGACUGACUGACUGACUGACUGAUUGACUGACUGAUUAUAAUAAACAAACGCGGAAGGUCAGUUGUGAAGAAAGAUCGAAGGUCACGGUGUUUGUCGUUCUGAUGAAUCUAGUGUCUCUUUUUUCUUUUUUUUUCUGAAGAAGAAAACGAACGAGAUUAUUACUAUAUAUAUAUAGAAAGAGAGAAAGAGAGAGAGAGAGAGAGAGAGAGAGAGAGAGAGAGAGAGAAAGAAAGAGAAACAAAGGAAAGAAAUAAAUAGAUAGAUAGAGAAAAACUAUUGAUAGAAAAAGUAGAGGAAAAAGAAGAAGAAGAAGAAGAAGAAGGAGAAGAAGAAGAGGAAGACAACGAGCUCGUCCGGAGUGAAAAGGCGGUCGUGCCGCUUUCACCGAAUAUAAUACGGUAAUUAUCCGUAUUAUGGAAAGCAAGAUGUACAUUAAAGACGAAAACGAAGAAGAGGUGAUAGAAUAUAAUUUGAAGAGUAAAAAGAACGGACAACAAAAACAACAACAACAAGUCACGAUGAAAUACGCUUCGACUAAUUCGAUACCAUCGACUAUGGAAGAGGAAAAUGAAAAUACGUUCGACAGAAGGAUUAUGGGUGAAAGAUUUGCCGGUGUUAGAUCGGCGACAUCGGCGACCAUCUUGAGAGAGAGUACUACUACUGGUAUUACUACUACUACUAAUACUAAUCCGAAUACAGUGUCAGCUGUUAAAAGUAGAAGGUACAGUGUACUCGAGGAUUUGAAAGCACGUAGGGAUAGUCUUUGGCAAAGAGCACGGCGUACAAGUACCUUCGACGAAAAAGAGAAUGCGAAGCAACAGAAAAUCGUUUACGGUAAAGAAAAGAGAAGGAGUAGCGACGGUGGCGCCGCCAGAAGAGGAUCAGUUUUUUAUGUUACCGAAGAUUUACUCGAAGAGAAACAGGAUGUUAUGGUGAACGAGGAAAAGGAAAGGGCAGCUAUAAUCGAGGCUAAAAAGGGACGAAGAAAGUCUUGGCAUCCGCUUGCCGGUGUUAAACCAUCGAAAUCUGAAAGAAAAAGGAAGAAGGCCGUUGUCGGUGUACCUCCCGUUGAACAGGUCGCCAGCGCCGAAGCACUUUAUACCCAUACGAGACAGAAGAGACCGUCUUGGUGGAAUAUAUUUGUACCUGAUUCAGUUUCCAGGUCCAGGCGAAUGUCCCAAGAUGUCACACAUUCGAGAUCUACGGAGAGUCUUAUAGGGACUUACACCAGGAGUAAAAGCCGUAGCGUGGAUCACGGAUUCACAGCGCCAUUUGAUUUGGAUACUUUGAGGAACAAGGUCGAAGGAAGAUUCGAAUCCGUCGACAAGCUAUCAAAAGAUUCCGAUAAUGAGAGCAAAGAUGGUUCUACGUCGCAGGAAAAAAAGCAUGGUCGCAUUUCUCAACCUAACAACACUAUCGCCUAUACGGUGGGCGACAGAGAUACGCUUACGUCAGUGGCAGCCAGAUUCGACACCACACCCUCCGAGCUGAGUAAACUCAACAGGCUCGGUAGUACCUUUAUCUAUCCAGGACAGCAAUUAUGGGUUCCAAACAAAGGAGAAGGCCGUGCUGGAGGCGGUACUACCACAACAGACGCACCCAGUCCAGAUCCUCCACAGGAUCACGACUCGCAGGACGAUUUACCACCGGAAGAGAAAGAACUUCUAGAUAAUUUGCGACCUGUAUCACCAAAGCCCGGCCACAUUGAAAGAGUGAAGACUCCUCUUGGAAGCGGAAAUGCUGUUAUGGAAGAUGAUGAACAACCAUUUAAAGAACGAUUUUUGAAAAUCAACGUACGUCAUAUUACAGACGGACAGGGUGUGGUAGGUGGUGUAUUAUUGGUUACACCAAAUGCAGUAAUGUUUGAUCCAAAUGUCUCGGAUCCUCUUGUCAUUGAACAUGGUGCUGAAUCUUAUGGAGUUAUCGCUCCAAUGGAAUUUGUAGUCAAUGCUGCGAUAUAUUAUGAUAUUGCUCAUAUGCGAGUAGGGCAUACAAAAUCUGGGAAUCUAGACAAAAAGCCUGAUAUAUAUUAUAUGAAGAAACCUUCUCAAGGUGAUAGUCAGAAAUCUCAGUCACCAGGCAAAGAUGAAACUUUUCCUGAAUUGGCAGGUGACGAUAAUGAAAGUGUAUGCAGUUGUGCGGAAAGAGAAGGCGAUGCAUUCCCGAAAGCUUUCGAUAGAGAACUCGUAACACCUACCAAUCUACAAAAUGAGGAUAAUUUAGCCACAACCAAAGAGAAGGAAGAAAAAGAGAAAGAUAGUACUGAAAAAGAACCAUGUGUUGGUGGUGGUCAAGCAAGUAGAACAUUAGAAGAACGUAGGAGAUCGAUGUUAGACCAUCAUUGGGCAGUUCCUAGUAAAGAUCGAAGUACGUUUUCGGUUGACGACGAACAACAAGAUUCUUUGAAUUCUGAUAAGACAGAAUCAGCAAAAUCCAAUGCCAUUCCUGAAGAUGAAGAAGGAUCUCUAGUCAAAUUAUCGUGCCAUGAUUCUGGCAUAGAUAUACGUGAUCCUAACCCACCGCUUCCAAUUGUUCAACCUAUGCCAUCUAAGAAAGUAUAUUCUGAUGCAGACAUUGUUUUGUCUUCGGAUUGGGUCCCACCAAUAACAAUAGCUCCAACUAAUAUCACAACUAGUUCAUUAGAUAGCGGUCCUAGCAUCAAUGGUAGAAAGAAAGCUAGUUCAGUAUCAUUUAGUUUAGAUAGUAAUAAUGAAGAACCUGAAAAAGAUGAAGAACAUAAGGAUGACGAUAAACAAGAAUCUAGAAGAAAUAAGAUGUUAAAACGUUUAUCUUACCCGUUGUCAUGGGUUGGGAUGGAAGGACUCACAGGUGACCGAGAGGAAGAAAAUAAAUCCGUUUCUGAUAGAGUUUCAAGCUUGCCAAAUAGUGCUGAUUCCCAUCAUUCAUCUGUCUUCAGUAAAGUCUUCUCAAGCUCGCCGAUCAACCUGGUGAGUGACUUUAGCUCGGGCCUCUUUGCUAAAACUCCCAGCGAAGAGAGUGGUGGGGGCGGUAGAGCUGGAGGAACUCCUCCGCUUAUCGCCUCCUCUCUCUCCCAGGACUCCAGCAAUGCCCAAUUUUCACCAGGUCCAGGAGGCCUAAUUGGGCGUUCUUCCGUGGGUACUUUCAUCAGACAACAACCUCUAACAUCCUCAGGUAGUAGCAGCGUUGAUAGUAAUCGUGGAAGUAAAACUUUAACGCAAGCACCACGACUGGAUUAUCGCAGUAUGGUUUCCGUUGAGGAUAUGCCAGGACUGUUCGUCAGUUUUGACAUCCAAGCACCUAAUUUUCCUGAACUUGAAGGCCUCGAACUGAUACCACGACCAGCACGAUCUUGUGAAGAUCCUCCAUUGUAUUUGAGACUACGGACUGGUAGACCUAAAGAUAAAAAAAUACCACGAUCUACGCCUAUUAUGAGUUAUGGGAAAAAGAAACUGCGUCCUGAAUAUUGGUUCAGCGUUCCACGUAAUAGGGUCGAUGAUCUUUAUAGGUUUAUUCACGCGUGGGUGCCUAACCUUUACGGUGAACUCGAUGAAAAUUAUUGGAGGGAACGUGGAUAUAUUCUAUCUGACACCGACACAGAUUUAUCGCCAGAAUUGACACCACAGGAAUCUGGCGAAAGUGGAGAAUCAACUGAGGAGGGAAAGGCACGCAAUCAAGAUGGCGAUGAGAUAUCAGAAUUAACGAGAGAAUCCUGGGAGCUGAUCAAGGCCCCCUACGUAAAGCUGUACACCAUCCUGAAGACAUCGAGCACUUCGGCUGAUUCCGAACAGGCCCAGGACCCGGAGGUGUUGUCUAUGAGCGAGGAGCUUAGAAGAGCUCUAUAUGCAAAUAGCGCAGUUUCAUUGGACAACGACAUAAUUGUACCAGAUCUUGUUGGUACAACGGAGAUUCUCAGCGACGAACACAGAGAACACUUAUGCAGGCAUUUACCAGCGAGAGCGGAAGGCUACUUUUGGACGUUGGUAUUCAGUACGAGCCAACAUGGCUUUAGUCUGAACAGUAUGUACAGAAAAAUGGGCAAAAUUGAGAGUCCAAUUCUGCUCGUUAUCGAGGACACCGAGGGUAACGUGUUCGGAGCAUUGACUUCGUGUGCUCUACACGUGAGCGAUCACUUCUAUGGUACCGGCGAGUCCUUACUCUUUAGGUUCACACCAAGGUUCCAAGCUUUCAAUUGGACCGGUGACAAUCUUUACUUCAUCAAAGGCAACAAUGAGAGCCUUGCCAUAGGUGCCGGAGAUGGUAAAUUUGGUCUCUGGCUUGACGGUGAUCUCUAUCAAGGAAGGACGCAAACAUGUAGAACGUAUGGGAAUGAGCCAUUGGCGCCACAUGAAGACUUCGUAGUUAAAACACUAGAAUGUUGGGCGUUUAUAUAGGAUUCGGCCUCAUAUUAUUCAUCCGCUACCUUGCCCCCCACAUUGCAGCCUAAUUUGACCUGAAUCUGACUACCUCUCUCCACCAGUGAUAUCCAAAUCUCUAAGGAGAGAUCAUGAAGAAGAGGACACGAUAAAUAAAUGAAGAAUUAAUUUUAUGAAGGAAAACAACAAUAAUAUAAAAUAAAAUAAACACCAAUACCAACACAACAACAACAACAAUAACAAUAACAACAAAGAGACCAUACUUUUGCCCGAAGAGAUUAAAAUAUUGAUAAUCUUUGAUUGUCGUUAACUCAAAUACACAUAGUCGAGAGUAAUUUAACAAAGGAAACAAACCAAUAAUAAUAAUAAUAAUAAUAAUUAACAAACAAGUAUAUAAGAAAAAGAGAGAGAGAGAGAGAGAGAGAGAGAGAGAGAGAGAGAGAGAGAGAGAGAGAGAGAGAAUAGAAAGGAAAUAUAAUAAAAAUAUUGAGUUCGAUCGAUGGAUUAAGAAAUCCGCGUGUCUUCUUUGAAAAUUCAAAGGAUCCUUGUAGAUCCAUUGUAAUAAUAAUAAUAAGAGAAAUAAGAAAGAGAUACAGAUUUUAUUUUAGAGCUGCCGAAUAAUAAUGACGAUGAUAUGUGAUGGUAGUAGAGAAUUAAGAAAAUGGAGGUUUUGAAAGAGAAAAUUAUAAAAGAAAAGAGGCUCACGAAUUCUCAGAAACGUAGCGCCAGAGUCUUAACUCCACGGACUAUGUAGCUAUCGGUUAUUUUAUUAUUAAUAUUAUUACUAUUAUUAUAUUAUUACUAUUAUUAUUAUGAUUAUGAUUGAUUAUUAAUAUUAUUACGUUAAU